AUGCCUUUGCGCAGCGUCCGACACACCGUUUACGAACCUCUCGGCAGCGAUGCUAUUCGACUUCUGUUUGUGAAACCUGGCUUCAAGGAUGAGCCCAUAGAAUGCGCGUUGAUCACUGUGGCCAACCUGGCUGAGUCGCCCCCGUAUCAUGCACUCUCCUAUGUUUGGGGUGAGUCCGACGAGACAGCCUCUAUAAUCUGCAACGGUGCGGAAAUGGCUAUCACCAAAAGAUUGGCCGAUACUCUCAUACAUCUGCGACGUACCCCAGGAUGGCGCUCUGUCGUACCCUGGUCUAAAGAUCACCCACUGCAUUCUAGCAAGAACGCAUGGAAGGGUUUCGCACGAAGCCGACACGAGCAAUAUCAAGAAAGUGAAUGGGAGAAAGAGAGCUUGUUGUGGAUCGAUGCUCUCUGUAUAGAUCAGACCAAUCACGAGGAGAGGGCAAGCCAGGUCAAGAUGAUGGGUAAAAUUUAUAGUUGUGCCGCGGCUGUCACCAUAUGGCUCGGCGCAGAAGACAAGCAGUUACCAGAUUCCAUCUCGAAAUUCGAUGCCGGGUCGGGUGUUCACAUCAGCACGUAUGGACGAAUACCAGUCUUGCUCUCGUUCAUCGCGCAAGCGCUGCGGAACGUGAAAAGGCCACAGAACAGAUUGGCCUCCAUCACACCCGCUGAAAACUCACUCCAGCGCAACGGAGCGUACGGAUUUCCCAAGCCUAACGCGCCGGAUUGGAAAAUUGUACGUGACUUCUUCACGAACCCCUGGUUUGAAAGAGUGUGGGUGGUGCAGGAGGCAGUCCUCGCGAGCAGAGCAAUGGUGUUGAUAGGCGACUGGGAAGUCGAUUGGGCAGCCAUCGGAGAUGCGGCCUCAUGGUUCCAGACUAAGGGCUACGCCUUGCCUGCAGUGUUGAAAUACGAAAUUCAAGAUCAACAGGAUCUCUUGCCAGUUGCCAAGGCUGUCUCAGUGUGGAAGCAAUGUUCUUCGCCUGGCAAGCAGAUUGCGCUAUUGGAUUUGCUCCAGGCAUUUCGCAACAGACUGGCCACAGAUCCUAGAGACAAAGUGUAUGCGACGUUCGGCAUAGCAACGGAAUUAGCUGAUGUCGAAGCACAUGGGUUUCACCAGCUUCUCGAACCAGACUAUGAGAAGCCCGUCCUCGAUGUAUACCGUGAUGUUGCUAGGUUCUUGAUCAUUGAACAUGGGAGUCUUGAUGUCCUUUCGGACGCGGGACUACCCUUGGAGCCAUCAUGGCCAUCAUGGGUCCCAGAUUGGCGUCAAAACAGAGCUUCAAACACCUUGACAACUAUGCCAUCUGCCAAGAACUACAAUGCGAGCGGAAACGGGUCGCUCUCCAUGGGUUUUAGUGAUAAUUCUGCUAUACUUUCGCUCGAGGGUAUCGAUGUCGACCAUGUAGCGGCUUACGGUCACAAGCUUGCAAGCUACGGCUUUGGCUAUGUAACGUAUCAAGAAGAAAUCGACUUCGUAAACAUGGCAUGGGGACUUAUGGAGCCUUCUGAGACAGCAUCAGCUUCGAACGCGGACAAGGCCGUGAUUAGAAGAUUCAUCCAAACACUGACGGCUGGCCAGAACAACGAUCCGGACUUCUUUGGCCACGCUUUGAAACUGUGGAUCAAAAUCAUAAGUUAG